AUGUCGCGCCGCAGGAGAACCCGGCCGCACCAUGUCCCUCUCCUCUCCGUCCACACCCCAUGCUCACCCACCCUCACAGCCCCUCGUCUUAACCGCUUGCCCCAGAGGCUCGACUACACCCUUAUUCCCGCACCCCUCGACCUCAACAAGCCCAUCGUAGACGAAAAGGCUGAUCUCCCGGCCAUCAUCGUCACCCCUUCGUCCCCGGUGUUCGAGAGCGAGUUCUUCAUUGCCUUCCUUGCCCCUCCCCCCAGCCCGACCUUCUCCCAGCGGCUGGUCGCUUUGGUCCCCUCCUUCCCCUCCCGCCUGCCGUCCCAGAUCCAGCUCCCCGCGUCCCCCUUCAAGGCCGCCUUUGAUGACCGCACUGGCUUCUCUCUCCGAGGCCGCAUCCGCACGAUCAUCCUCCUCUUCGUGCUCCUCUUCAUCAUGGCCUCCCACGUUGUGAUGCACCGCAUUGCGACGAGCCACCCCCACCUGGAAUUCGGCAUGGCCCCCGAUCACGACAUAGACUUCACCACCCUGUCCCGUCCCGCCGCCGACAUGGACAUGUUCGGCGCACGCCUCGACGCUCAGGACGCGCAAGACGAACCCGACACCGCCGGCUGGUUCAACCUCCGCGCGAUGUGGGCCCCGGUCCCUGUGACCGUCUCGCGCUUCGUCGUCGAAGAGGUCCCCGCCCCUGCGCUUGUAAACGGCCAUGAUAACGACACGCCCGAUGUUCCGCCUUCACCCCUCGUCGCCGCAUAG